UUCACUUCAUUCUGGCAACACGUUAAUUGUUGAGUUGUCUGAAAUCGCGUUCACCGGAGUGUGCUAAUCGAUGAAUUAAAGUAUUCUAGUAAAAUUCUACUUUAUUGAGAAAUAAGGUUAUUAAUUAAAGUUAGUCAUGGGUCGUAUGCAUGCACCAGGAAAGGGUAUUUCCCAGUCAUCUCUACCAUACAGACGAAGUGUUCCUACGUGGCUAAAAUUGUCAUCGGAUGACGUUACUGAACAACUUUGCAAAUUGGCCAAGAAAGGUUUAACUCCAUCACAAAUUGGUGUAAUCUUGAGAGAUUCUCAUGGUGUUGCCCAAGUGCGCUGGGUUACUGGAAACAAAAUUCUGAGAAUAUUGAAAGCUAAAGGUUUUGCACCUGAUCUUCCAGAAGACUUGUAUCACUUGAUAAAAAAGGCUGUUGCUGUACGUAAACACUUGGAAAGGAACAGGAAGGAUAAAGAUUCUAAAUUCAGACUUAUUCUUAUUGAAAGUCGAAUCCAUAGGUUGGCCAGGUACUUCAAGGCUAAGCGAGUGUUGCCACCUAAUUGGAAAUAUGAAUCAUCAACUGCCUCUGCCAUGGUAGCUUAAAAAUGUAAUAUUCUAAAUAAAAAGAAAGUUGUUUAAAAAAAAAA